AUGAAAGAUGAAAUUAAGGGGAAAGGAUUUGGUUUUUUUAAGGCUAUAUGCUUGGCUAAAAGGUUAGCUCUUAUAAAUUAUAAUACAGAAGAUAUCACAUAUCUCUAAGAUAAAUAUGGAACUUUAUAAUAUGUUAAAUAAUAGCGUUUAUACUAUCCAACUUUAAAAUAAAAAAUUCUUUUUCAAAAUAAAAUUUAAAUUUGGAAAAUAAAAUAUAAAGAUUUAACAGCAGAUAAAAAUUUUAUUGUUUUGUAUGUCUCAUAAGAAGGGAAUUCGUAUAAUUUUUUUAGUUUUGAUCUUCCGGUUGUCUCAAAAGGCAGAGAAAAAAAUGGGGCCAAGAUCUGGCCUACAGUUGUUGAGGCAUUGAGAGAGUUGGACGAAUUUAAAUAUAAUUCAUAAAUUUUUAAUUUCGAACAAUAUAAAAAAGAUAAGUAUUCAUUUAUAUCAGGACUAACCUAAAGAGCAAAGGUUAAAAUUAAUGCUGAAGAUAUCAAUAUUUGUUCUUAUGUUUAAAGUUAUCUUUGUUAAUUUCAUUAACCCUAGAUAAGUAAGAUAAAAAAGAUUUGUGGCUAUGCAUAUGAAAUUCUACCGAAUAUUAAUUAGACAACAUUCAAUUACAUAAACAUGAAUUUGAUAAAUAAGAUAAUCUCAAUUGAAAAAAUGCAUUUUCAUAACAAAUAGUCAAAUAUUAUUGAUAAUAUUACAGAUAAGGAAUUGCAGGAUUACUUAUAUUCUAUUGUUUAGGUUUAUUUGUACUUCUAGAUAAUUUAUGAUAGAUGGAGGACCAUCAGUGAAUCUUAAAGGAAUUUCUUAAAAGAUAUUUUCAACUGUUAUUAGAUUAUCUAAAAUAAAUGCUUUUAAAAAUUUGUUUUACUAACAUUGGAAAUAGGAAUAUCUAAAGAUUUAAAAUACCAUUUAAAUGAUAUACUUAGUCCAGAGAGGAAAAAAGGCAACUCACUCAAUAUUCCUCAAGUAUUUGGAUAGCGAAUACAAAGAUAAUAUUUUGAAUUAAAAGUUUCUUCAUAUUUAUUUAAUAAGGAAAAGGUUGUUGAUAAUAUUAAAAGCAAUUUACUUACUGAGCCUUAUUCUUUAUAGAUUUCAUUAUACCAUUAAUUAUUAGAAUAUCUUGAGAAAGAUCCACAACAAUUAUAGAAUAUUAGAUUUGAAUCAUUAAGUCUAUUUUUGUUUACUUACUUUGAACUUAACUUAAUUUAAAAUAAAAUUAUUUUGAAAAAUGAUAAUCAAUUGAAAACUAAAGAAAAUGUCUUUAAAAUUAAUGUAAAAGGAAGAAAAAAGCAUUUAAUUAUAUGCCAUCUCACGUUAAAAACUAUGAUAUUGAGUAAACACAAAGAUAUGACAAAUCAUUUUAAUUCAAAUCAUUACAGAUUCUUCAUUAACAGAAACUAAUAAUUUAUUGCCAUACAUCUAUAUAUUACAGUUUUAAUAAAAAAUUAGAUAAUUUUAUUUUUGAUUAGAAAGGAAAUGAACGAAUAUAUUAUUUUGAUGGUGAAAUGCUGUAUGUAAAUUUAUAAUUAGAAUUGUUAUCAUCUAAAACUUCUUCAUUUAAAAUGA